CAUGGCAGCCGCGGCGGCGACGACGACCAUGAACCCGGACCUGCGCAAAGAGCGCGAGGGGGCUUCCUUCGACACGGAGAAGCUCACCAACGUCUUGGACGGAGGCGCGGAGCGGACCCGGCGCCGCAAGGAGAUCGAAGCACUUGUGACAAACGACCCAGACUUCAAGCACAGUGAUGUAAAUUUCCUCUCCCGCAGCCAGCGCUAUGAAGUUGCUAUUAGGAAGAGCGCUCUUAUGGUGAUGAAGCUAAGAGAAUAUGGAAUUGCAGAUCCUGAUGAGAUCUACUGGUUUAAAAGCUCUGCUCACCACGGACGACCUGAGCCUCUGGACCUCCACCUGGGCAUGUUCCUACCUACUCUCUUAACCCAGGCAACCCAAGAACAGCAGGAUCGCUUCUUCAUGCCUGCUUGGAACUUGGAGAUCAUUGGCACAUAUGCCCAGACAGAGAUGGGCCAUGGAACUCAUCUCCGAGGACUGGAAACCACAGCUACCUAUGAUCCUGCUACCCAGGAAUUUAUCCUAAAUAGUCCAACUGUGACUUCUAUUAAAUGGUGGCCAGGUGGAUUGGGUAAAACAUCAAACCAUGCCAUCGUUUUGGCUCAGCUUUACACCCAAGGCAAAUGCCAUGGCUUACAUGCUUUCAUUGUUCCGAUACGUCAGUUGGGGACUCAUGAGCCAUUGCCAGGUAUAACUGUUGGUGAUAUUGGACCAAAAUUUGGUUAUGAUGAAAUGGAUAACGGUUACUUAAAAAUGGACAACUUUCGCAUUCCUCGGGAAAACAUGCUUAUGAAACAUGCUAAGGUUGAACCAGAUGGCACUUACGUGAAACCUCUUAAUGCCAAGUUGACAUAUGGAACCAUGGUAUUCAUCCGAUCAAUUAUUGUUGGGGAUGCUGCUCGCUCUUUGGCCAGAGCUUGCACAAUUGCCAUUCGCUACAGCGCAGUGAGGCACCAGUCUGAACUGAAGCCAGGUGAGCCAGAACCUCAGAUCUUGGAUUAUCAGACGCAGCAGUACAAACUGUUCCCUCUUCUGGCAACGGCAUAUGCCUUCCACUUCGUGGGCGCCUACAUGAAAGAUACCUAUCGGCGUAUCACUGGGAACAUCAAUGACGGAGACCUGAGUGAGCUGCCAGAGCUGCAUGCAUUAUCUGCAGGGCUAAAGGCUUUCAGUUCCUGGAUUGCCAAUGCAGGCAUUGAGGAAUGUCGAAUGGCGUGUGGUGGGCAUGGCUACUCCCGCUGUAGUGGCCUACCUGACAUUUAUGUCAAUUUCACCCCCUCCUGCACAUAUGAAGGAGAGAACACAGUAAUGAUGCUGCAGACGGCACGGUUCCUUGUCAAAAGCUAUACCCAGGUUAGUUCUGGACAGCUAGUGAGUGGCAUGAUGUCCUACCUGAAUGACCUACCAGGGCUACGCAUUCAGCCCCAGCAGGUGGCUGCUAGACCCACAGCAGUGCAUAUCAACAAUCCGUCUAGUUUGGUGGAGGCAUAUAAACUGAGAGCUUCUAGGCUGGUUGAAUUUGCUGCAAAGAAUUUGCAAGCUGAACUGAACCGUAGAAAGAACAAGGAGGAUGCUUGGAACCGGACUUCCGUUGAUCUAGUGCGAGCAUCUGAGGCCCACUGUCACUAUGUGGUGGUCAAGCUAUUUACAGCAAAGCUUUCAGAAAUUGGUGACCCAGCUGUUCGUGCUGUCCUUAACAACUUGUGUCUGCUGUAUGCACUCUGUGGGAUCAAUAAGCACAGUGGAGACUUUUUGCAGGGAGGCAUUUUGACAGAUGCACAGAUAAUUCAGGUGAACCAGCGCGUGAAGGAACUCUUGGCAUUAAUCCGUCCCAAUGCAGUCGCUCUAGUGGAUUCGUUUGACUUCCAUGACAACGUUCUUGGAUCUGUGCUUGGCCGAUAUGAUGGUAACGUCUAUGAAAACAUGUUUGAGUGGUCAAAGAAAUCACCACUAAAUAAAACACAGGUCCAUGAAUCUUUUCACAAGCACCUGAAGCCAAUGCAAGCCAAACUGUGAUGGCGUUUGCUGCUCUUAAUGCACUAUUCUCCAGUUCCUGGAAUUGAUGUCAUUUGCCCUAUGAGCACUUGAAUCACUUGGCAAAUCCAAACAGUCAUAGGGUAGUUACUAAUUGUAGCCUUUCUUCCCAAUUUUUAAUAAAUUUUGAAAGGAUUAGAGUGAGGGGAACACAGGAUUAUAAAAGUGCAAUUGUAAUUAUGCUCAGAAACUAACCUUUUUAAUGAUUCAAAAAAAGCUUUACAGAUUGGUGUGAAGUGUCAAUUUGUGAAGCAGUUUAAACUGCUGCAGAGGCCUGUAUCAUCUAUAGCAGAAUAUUCACUACUAAGUAGUUAUGGAGGUAGCUGCUGGGGAGCAACAGCUUCUCGUCUGGAAACUCCUUUAAAGCUCAAUAUAGUAUUGCACACCUUGUCAGCAUUUAUACCCAACACAGGUGAGAAUUGUUGGAAUCCUCCGCAUUUAUUCUACUUUAGUGAGGUCUCCAAAAGUCUUGUCAGGAACUGGGCUUUGAGGACCUGGUCAGGAAUAUUUUGUGUUCAUCAUAGCUUCCAUACUUUUGUGUACCAGUAAUAAACUCCUGUCAUCAUGGGUUCAGACUCUCAGCAGGAGUCGUCAUCAUCUUGUUUGUUUGUGUGACACAGUGCUUUCCCAGACAGCAGCUAGGAGUUCAUCUUCCUCUUUCUCUAGAGCUGUAAAUCAUAACACAUCACCCAUACAACUGCCUCUAAGGCACAGAAGUGUGUUCUGUCUCCCGCUAUUACUAUUUGUUUGUAGUGCUGCCUUUCAUCUAGGACUGUGGUAACAAGGAAUGGAAAAAUGUCAAGGUUCCCUGCUCUUGAGUCUAGAAAGUAAUAAUGGGAAUACUUUUACCUUUGCAGUUCUUAAAAUUUUACACAGUUUCUGAUCUGUAAAGCUUUUAAUGUGCAACUAGUUGAGAGAGGAAACCUCCUUCACCCCACUUGCCCCAUUUGACCUGAAAGGUGAGCAAGAUCACAGUCUCUGAAACACUUUAAGAGGGAAUGAUUUGUGCCCUCCAUUUUAAUGAAUCAUAGACUUGAUGGGAAUAUUGUCCAAACUUCAAUGAUGGAGAGAAGUCUUGUCAGCCUACCUACACAAUCUGGAUCUCGGGGUACCGUAGAGAACAAGAGUACCCAGUAAGGUGCCUUUAGACUAAGUAACUCCAGGUUACUAUACUGUUAGCAGGCUAACAUUUUAGUAUUGUACAGAAAUAUGAAAUCAGCGUGACUAAAAAUUGUGGCAAAAUGGUUGGAUUCUGCCUUGUUAAUAUUAUCCUGGCACAUCAAGAUUUAAAGAUCAUCAACUGAGGAACUUUGAGUUGCCUUCAAUUAUGUGAAAUUGUGUAAGGGGUUAAAACUGGAAUUUCAGAGUUGAUUCUUGGACCAAUCUGAUGCCCCCCAUUCAAGAGCUGAACCUACUGCAAGGCUAUCCUCACACAACCUUCAAGCAGAAGCACUGUAUAUUUGAACUGAAUACUGAUUGUAAAAUUUAUGUUAAUGUCUAGCUGCUGCAUCAUUCCAUCUAACAUACCUAAUUACUGUACUGUUAACAAUGUGCAUACUGUGUGCUUCCAGUACCUUGCUGAUUGAAAAAUGAUGCAGUUGGAGAACACCUUAUGUACCCUUAAUAAAUAAAUUCAUUCAUUUUAAAACAGUAAAAAUA